AUGGCAGUUGUGGCAGGCCACCCAGCAAAGCUGCAUUCUUCUCUGCCACCGAUGCUCAUGGAUUGCAUUGGAAAAUCUUUGAUGAAGUCAUGCUCACAGCGUAUGGCUCAUAGGGCCCAAGCCCUGAAGUAUUGGUUGAGGAGGUCUCUUCAACUCAAACGUCAGGAAGAGGAACUGGCGCAGACAUUAGAGCCUGGAGUUGCAGAAGUUUUGCAAGGCAAGAGGAUCCGUGUGUGGAAGGAAAUGCUCCAGUCCAUCAACUACAGCGAUAUGGGUGUUGUUGAUGAGUUCCGCGCUGGCUCUAAGUUGACAGGACAGACAGACCUAACAAAUUUGUGGCCAUCGAAGAUCACUCCCGCCACCAUGACUGAGAGGGAGCUGCAUGCACAAGCAAGGUUGCAACGAGAUGGCCUUUCAUUUGGGCAGGUGGUUUUCUUUGACUCCGAGAUUGCACAUUCAGUAUGGGAUCAGACGUUGCAAGAAGUUUCUCGUGGGGAAGCUGAGGGACCUUUUGACCUUAGCGAGGCGCUCCCUUUUGGAAGCGUGAAAUCUGUUCACAGUUUCCUUCGAAUCGCACACAGCCUGUGGGCCAUCCUUACAUCAAUUUUCUGGGUGAUAACAACCAAUUAUUUCGAUGACUUUGUCUCCAUUGCUGAGUCCCGUGAAGCUGCAUCGGUUGAUUACACGGUGAAGGCUGUUUUCAGAUUGUUAGGUUGGCGAUUCGCCGAAGAUGGACCAAAGGCACCGCCUUUCAGCAACAAUCUUGUGGCGCUUGGCGUGGAGUUUGAUGUGUCAAGGUUACAUCAAGGAUUGGUGAAGGUGGCCAACACAGAGAGCAGGCGAGAGGAAUUGGCCCAGUCGCUGGAUCAGGCCGUGGCAUCAAAGUCUUUGGCGAAGCUUGAGGCCCUUAGAUUGCGAGGGCGAAUGCAAUUCGCAUCAGGCGAAUUCUAUGGGCGCUUAGCCCGUCGGUGCCUAGCAGUGGUAACGCAGCAUGCAUAUAGCUCUGAGUCAUCGACACUGUCUGAAGCUGCGGCCCAUGCCCUGUCUCGUUUUAGAGACAUGCUGGUCAAUGGUGCGCCCAGGAUGAUUUCAUCGAAGUCUACAACGACAUGGUUUCUAUUCACUGAUGCUUGGCAUGAACCAGAUGAGUCGGAACCUUUUUCUGGCGUUGGUGGGGUCUUGGUGGACCAGCUUGGAUGCAGGUGGUUGGGGGUGUGCCAAGCCCAAAGCCUGGCGACAGACCAGCCUUGCACACCCCUUUGGACAAAAGACCGCAUUGCAAGCGAGGGAGCACGUCGAGAUGAAUUUGACCGGAUGCAUGCGGAGAUGUCAGAUUACGCUUCAAUUGACUCGAUGCUUCCUGCUUCACUGUCACAGCAGCGUGCCAGUGCUCUUGAACUGACCGGACUGACGGGCAGUGAUCAUGUUCUGCACGUGUUGCGCUCCAUUCCUAACUCAGGAACUGUAGUGGUCGUUUGGCGCUGGCCUUGUGAGUCGGUUGAAAUUCUGCAAGAAAUACAGCAGUGUUUGGAUGAGAACGAAUGGGAAGGCUACAGAAUCAAAGUGGCGCCAAUUCCCUGUGAGCCACCUUCCAUGAUUUGGACAAACUUCGCUGCUCACUUGUUCAGGCCAGGAAAGGAAACGACUUUUACCUGCUGCGGUCGGGCAUACACGUUCUUUCUGACUGUCAGACAACAGCAGAUCUUGUUGGCACACCUGCUGAUUGUCAGCGCCUUUGUUGUGAUGUUGACCCUGUAUUACCUCUUGUACAAAAUGGUGUACCAACGAGGGUAUCACCCAGAGCAGAUCCUGACUAGGCUUGUCACCUGGUGUUGUGCUCUUGGAAAUGUACUUCUAAACCAAUUGGUAUGGUUUGCCUCCCAGCAAGUGGGCUAUCGUGUCAAGACGCAUUGUGACACAUUUGUUCUGACUUGGUAUACCUUGGUGGUGUUCACCAACAUGGGAUUUAAUUUUUUUGUAAUCUGCUGGACAGCUGGUUCAGUGCCGCGAGAUCCUAUUGCAGCAAUUCACUUUGAAUCUCAACUGGGCUCAGCACUUGUUGCAUUCUUGCGAGGCUCCCUGAUUUCGUAUGCUAUUUGGCCAUUGUAUUAUCCUUUCUACUGGUUGAAAGGCAUGGCACAAGUGCUACGUUUGCACCUGUUUCGAGAUAGGUCCGGAGUCACAGAAAGAAGGUGUAAAUGGUUGGCUGAAGGUGUUGCUGAGCCUCCAGAGUGGUAUAUGCAGUAUGACUAUGCAGGAAUCGUGGUGUUGGAAGCAACAUCGUUCAUGUGUCUUUUCCUAUUUGGCUUUGAUUCUUGGCGAGUCUUUUCUUGGGAUGUUAUGUGGGCAUGUGGCAUCUACUUCAUCAAUAAGUACAUUUAUCUUGGGCUAAGCAAAGAAACCUUUUACACGUCGCGAACUCUUGACACUUCCGUGCUCGAGUUGAUGUCCAUGUCGCUUGGAGUCUUGGCUGGAUGUGUUUGUCAUUGGGGAUUCAGAGCUGGCCGUCCUGCAGCGUUCAUAGUGCCGGUCUCAAUCUUUUCCCUGCUCUACUUGUGGGCUUUCGAUCGCAUUAUGCAAUCUGACAAAGGGCAAAGCGGGCUCAGAAGUUCAGCGGAAAGGGUUUGGUAUGACGACUUACCAUACGAGCAGCUUGAGCGUAUGUACCCUUUUAACUGGUUCAACGUGAACCCAGUUCAUAUGAUGCGGAUCUUGCAUGGAGUAGACCAUUCGGAGCAAUCAGGUUGCUUCCACCAGCAGGUCGUAUGGCAACCUGGUCGAAGUUAUUUGCAACCAGAUCUUUGCUUCGAUUAUGGUCAUUGUGGUGGCGAAUGCCGGGAACCAGAUACAGACAGUGAUCAGAGAGAUCAGAGAGAUCAGAGAGAUCAGAGAGAUCUUGAUUUGUUCACUGCGCUCACAGAAGUGCAAGCUGAAGCAAGACGAGUUGCCUCAACCCAUGCUGUCUCAAGGACAAACUCUCCAUACCUAGUGGCAGCAUCUCCAACGCAGACUGCAAGGACCCCUCAAUGCCCUCCUCUGCCUCCUCCCCCUACGGCGACAUUUAGGACUGUCUGUGGUCCAUUUGAACCAGAGCGAACACGCACUGAAAGCUUGUCAGUAGACUGCUUUAGCACAUCCCAACGUCCGACACAGUUUGAGAUGCUCGCACAGGGCAGACUGGGUCUAUGAUGCACUGUUGCUAUCAGCUAUCAGUUGCUUGACUCAAUCCAGGGUUGCACCUGAGGCCCAGCCGCUCCGUGUAGCUCGACUUUGGAGAAUCGACACAGUCAAGACAUGACGAUACGACUGAUACGACUAUUGAAGUGACUACUGGAACUACUGGAUACCAAUGUUACCGCUGUGCGUCCGAACUCCUUGAGCAGCGCAGCGAUGCCACAAGAUCCACCGCAGGUGCAGAUCUGCCACGGCUUCCUCUACCAGACUCUACCAGGCCCAAGGAACGAAGCUCAUGCAAUGGUGCAAGGAUGUGCAAGGAUGUGCAAGGGCAGUCAUUUCUAAACGAUGGCGAACCAAAAUAGUGAGGAAUGCAGAUCUUCUAUAGCUGGAGCAGAGCUAUGCCUCGGUUGCCGAAACUUGCGACGUGC